AUGGAUCCGACAGCAUCAGCAGCUGACAACCCCAUAGUGGGCAAGGGACAACCCGACAUCGCUACCGUCGAUACGGACCCGCCACUGGUGGUCCCCGAGGGGGAGAGAGCGCUUUACACUCGGGUGUUUUUUCGGUGUGUGGUGCCUCAAGAGUAUGCAUCUAAGCUGAAGGAAGAUAACGGCAAAGUAGUUGUAGUUGGGGACGGUGGAGCAUUGGGCCAUUGGGACCAUCGCAAAGGCAUCGAGCUCUUCACCCAAGAGGACAUGUUCCCAUGCUUUUAUACUGUGGAACCUAUGAAGUUCCAAACUAAAGUCUGUGUCUCCUAUCAAUACGCCUUGGUGACCCAGGAUGGUGAUUUGUUCACCUAUAUUGACAAGGAGAAAAGAAGUAUGGUACCAACCGGAGGGGAAAUGACUAUCGAGGAUGAUUUUGGUAUGUAUCGUAAUGCACUGCACCCAGAGGAUGUGUCCUCACUCUUUGACGAUCGGUCGUCGAGUGUUGAGGCACCUAGUCAGAGUUCACAGACCCCCGAGGGCAACGCUCACAUUGUACUGAACAUAGAGUGCUUAUUGUUGUUCGAGCAGAGGAUGGCCGCUAUUCGUUCUCUGGACUCCUUCCCGCCCUUGGAGAGCAACAAUGGUGUCAUCAUGGUCAGCUUUGAGCUCCCUGUGAAAGUAGAGAAAGUCGAUGGUGAUGUUUGCUGUAUUCCUGUGCUGGAUGCUGUAGGGAAAUGGGUGGCCAGAGCAUCGGUAUCGGGCAAUGUGAUCCCUUCUAUGUACAAACUGCGGCAUGAGUACCCAGUCAGGGUCAUGUUUGUUGGCUGGCCUGGAGUGCAUGUGAAGGAUUAUGCGGACCAACGAGAGAUUCGCGAAUUACUGUUGGAUUACGACUGCAUACCUGUUUUCCUCGCUGAGGAUCUCUACCACAACUUCGUCAACUUCUGUGACAGGUUCCUGUGGCCCAUCUUCCACAGUGUUGUUAUGUCGUUCGUGUCGGAUGAAAUUCCUCGGCCCUUUGACCUCCAGCAAUGGGCUGCCUAUCAGACUGUUAACCAGAAGUUCUCAGAGGUCGUGUGGGCCGCAUGUCGAGAGGAUCAGGAUAUGGUCUGGAUUCAUGAUAUAUAUCUACUACUCAUGCCCAUGCUGGUCGGCAGGAAAUUGCCUACAGCCAAUGUUGGCUUGUUCCUUCAUACGCCGUUCCCGAGCUCGGACCUGUAUAAGUGUCUGCCUGUGAGAGAAGAGCUCCUCAAGGGGAUGCUCUGUGCGGACCUGGUUGGGUUCCAAUUCUUCGAAUAUGAGAGGCAUUUCCUUACAAGUUGCAAGAGGAUACUAGGGCUUGACUACCACUUUAAGAAGGGAGGAUUCGUCUCUGUUGAUUACUUAGGAAGGGAGGUUGCUCUCAGAGUCGGGCAUGCUUGUAUGCAUUAUGACUAUACCAUGCAUAAAAUGCAGGAGCCCGCGGUCGUUGAACGGGCCCGAGCCCUCCGAGCCCACUACGGUGACAACGUUAUAGUGUAUGCCUCAGUUGAUCGGUGCGAUCGUCUGUCCGGAAUCGGUUUGAAAUUCCGAGCAUGGCGGUUGUUUCUAGAGCAGCACCCUAACGUUGUUGGAAGGGCCGUACUCCGACAACAUGCUUAUGUGCCCAAGACUCACUCAGUUGAACUGGCUCAUAAACUGGCAUGCGAAUUGAAGGAGAUAGCAGCGAAAAUAAACAAGCAGUUUGGAAUUGAAGUCAUUCACUUCGAGUCGGGCCCACUCAGUGCUGUCGAUCGUAUGGCUUUGUUGAGAGUUGCAGAUGUUAUAUUGGACACUAGCGUGAAGUCCGGUCUCAAUUUGGUCCCGUUCGAGUACUAUGUGGCCCGUGCUGCACUAUCACCAACUAGUCCGACCAACCUCAGAGGGGCGGUCAUUUGCAGCGAGUUUUCGGGUUGUUCCCGAGUCCUUAUUGGCAGUCUUAGUGUUAACCCGUGGAAUACCGACAAGCUUGUCUCAGCCAUUCAAGAUGCCAAACACAUGCUGGGUACUCCGGAGCUUGCCGAGCGGUUAUAUCGCGAUACAGCGUACGUGUCAAGUCAUUCGCUGCUUACAUGGGCGGAGGAUUUCCUAUGUGACCUACGGCGGGCACAGAAGAAGGCUGAGAUGAUGUACAUCACUUAUGGAUUCGGAGCUAAUUUCCGGUUGAUGGGGCUGUCUGAGGACUUUCAAAGAUUGGAACAUGAUGAGAUCCUUGCUGCUUAUAAGAGGUCCAAGUUUAGAGUACUGUUUUUGGAUAAUGAAGGAGAACUGACUAAUCUACAUAUGCAUGGUAGUCCACCGAGUGAGAAGGUCCUCCAGAUGCUGAGAGUCAUUUGCCGAGACCCUCGUAAUGUAGUAGUCGUCCUGAGUGGUCGGAGCCCUGACCAUCUCGAGAAGUGGUUUAGCAGUGUAGAUCACAUAGGUCUCGCUGCUGAGCAUGGGUACUAUUAUCAAGUACCAGCCCUCAAUGGUGAUAGUUAUGCAUCUGAAAAGGACGACACGUCUUGGAAGGCUAUAGCGAUGGAGUUGAUGAAACAGUAUGUGGCCCGGACCCAGGGAUCGUAUAUCGAGUAUAAGGGGUCGGCCUUGGUGUGGCAGUAUGGUGAUGCUGAUCCUGAUUUUGGACAGUGGCAGGCCAAGGAAUUGGCCAACAGCUUGGAGGAACUCCUUGACACGUACAACGUGGAAGUGGUUUGUGGUAAGGGCUAUGUUGAGAUUAAGGUGAAGGGUGUCAACAAGGGUAUAGCGGCGCAGAUUAUAUUGCAGAGGCUCUCUAGCAUUCGGGGCCAACCCGACUUUGUCCUCGCAAUGGGAGAUGACCAGUCUGAUGAACUCAUGUUCGAAAAAUUGAAGAGUCUAUACGAGCCCAAGUCGUCUCCUAUUCCUCCACACAUGGAUAGUACGAUGGGCGCCACUCAGGUCCUAGGCCUCAUCCACCUUCACCGACUGCAUCUUCUGGCAGCUCUGUGGAACGGCCCCACCGAACACUCGGGCUUAACUCGGGCAGCAUUCAUCGCGAUCUCAACCAGUUGGGGACGGGCCUCCGAAGGCGGGCUGCUUAGGCCACCCUUCAGCACGACACCGUCAUCAAAGGCGGGUCAAGCAACAGUAUGGAAGAAGGAAGGUGGUAAUCUUGGGCUGCUGGCAUCGCAUGGGACCAGCACUAGACGCCCGCAAGGCGAGGCAUUGUCGAUCCAACAGCACGGGAAGGGCGCUACUGAGGUCUUCACUGUGUCUGUUGGGAAGAAGCCUAGUCAUGCGAAGUGGUUUGUGGCUGAUACGCAUGAAGUUUCUGAAGUGUUGGCCUCUCUUGCUACGGCUUCAUCAUCGGCGGCUUAUGCAGGGUAUGAAGUACUCAGUUCGAGUACGUGCCCAGCAUGGGGACGUCAAUUGAACCCGUGUGAAGUUAGCCGGUCCGGUGGGGUUGCGUUGGGCAACGGCUAUGCUGAGCAGUACGAGGGAAGUCCGGAAAGCUAUAUGUUCUCAUACGACGAGAACUUCGAGGAGCAGGAACUUUUCAUGAGUCGUGGUGACUUUGGUGAGGAAAGCGGCGAAGAUAGCGAGAUGGCUGAGCUUCGUCAGUAUUUAUAUUAA